AAAAUUUUCAAAGACGAUCGUCAUUGUAACCCUACUUUAAUCCAAACACGUCAAUAUGAAAAGACAAAAAAAAAAAACAAGAAAGCAAAAAAAUGGGAAAAGAAAAUCUUAAAUUCUCACAAAUAUUAGGAGCCAAAAAACGUGGUCUCCAAAUAUCCACAACACCACAAACAGCUUCAGACCUCCAAACCAAGCAAAUCAUCAAUAAAAAAACUCAAACACCAAAUUUACAACUCUUUUAUAUUCAAUCAAAAAAAUAUACUCGUACAUAGCAUUAUCAUCUACUAUAAUUUGUUUCACUGGUUUUCUUGCAGAAAACUCCUCCCUCCCAAAAAAAUUAAAAUUAAAAUAAAUUCAUUUCAUUUCAUAAAAACAUAUAAUUGUGGAUUCAUUAUCACAACCUCAGUGUUUACCAAUGGAGAGAGCAAUGCUACUCCGUUCUCUCUCCUCUUCAACACCAACUCGCCUCUUCACCGCCUCCACUCGCCGCCUCCUAACUCGCCGGAACUUCCAUAGCCAAAACCCUAACUCCUCCAAACCAGUCUCUCUCCUCCGCCACCACUCCAUUCUCCGCCCUAUCUCCUCCUUAUCUCUUCCUCUCCCUCCGCCGCCGUCGCCGUUCUCCGGAGGCCGUCGCAAUACUUUCUCGACUCUCUCUCGUCCAGCUGUCGCGACUUCCGACUCCGCCGCUACUUCAGAGUCUGGAAAGCAUGAUUUUGAGUUUGCAGAGAAGCUUGGGUUUGAGAAGGUUGCGGAACAAUUUAUCGAUGAGUGUAAAUCGAAAGCUGUGUUGUUUAAGCAUAAGAAAACUGGUGCUCAGGUUAUGUCGGUUUCGAAUGAUGAUGAGAAUAAGGUUUUUGGAAUAGUUUUUCGAACUCCUCCGAGUGAUUCGACUGGGAUUCCUCACAUAUUAGAACAUAGUGUGUUGUGUGGUUCCAGAAAGUAUCCUCUGAAAGAACCUUUUGUUGAACUUUUGAAAGGGAGCUUGAAUACCUUUUUGAAUGCUUUUACAUAUCCUGAUAGGACUUGCUAUCCUGUUGCAUCUACUAAUACCAAGGACUUCUAUAAUCUGGUAGAUGUUUACUUGGAUGCGGUGUUCUUUCCCAAAUGUGUGGAGGACAAAUGGACUUUCCAACAAGAAGGCUGGCAUUAUGAGCUUAAUGAUCCUUCAGAACCAAUAUCUUAUAAAGGUGUUGUCUUUAAUGAGAUGAAGGGUGUUUAUUCCCAGCCAGAUAAUGUUUUAGGUCGCACUGCUCAACAGGCACUCUUUCCAGACAACACCUAUGGUGUAGAUAGUGGUGGGGACCCAAAUGUUAUUCCCAAGCUCACGUUUGAGAAAUUUAAGGAAUUUCACCAAAGAUUUUACCACCCUAGCAAUGCAAGGAUAUGGUUUUAUGGAGAUGAUGAUCCAAAUGAGCGUCUUCGCCUCUUGAGUGAAUAUCUAGAUAAGUUUGAUGAGAGCUCAGCUCCCAAUGACUCACAAAUUCAACCGCAAAAACUAUUCUCAGAACCUGUCAGGAUUACAGAGAAAUAUCCUGCUGGUGAUGGUGAGGAUUUGAAGAAAAAGCACAUGGUUUGUCUUAAUUGGUUGCUGUCUGAAAAGCCUCUAGAUUUGGAGACCGAGCUUGCAAUUGCGUUUUUGGAUCACCUUUUGUUGGGAACACCAGCCUCUCCUUUAAGGAAAAUCUUGCUGGAGAGUGGCCUUGGAGAAGCUAUCAUUGGAGGUGGCAUUGAUGAUGAUCUUUUGCAGCCUCAGUUUAGUAUUGGAUUGAAGGGUGUUCAAGAGGAGGACAUUCAAAAAGUAGAAGAACUAGUGGUAACAACUCUUAAAAAUCUGGUGGAAGAAGGUUUCAAUUCAGAUGCUAUAGAGGCGUCCAUGAAUACUAUUGAGUUCUCUCUAAGGGAAAAUAACACUGGCUCCUUCCCACGUGGACUAUCCUUAAUGCUUCGGUCUAUUGGAAAAUGGAUUUAUGAUAUGGAUCCCUUUGAGCCAUUGAGGUGGGAGAAACCACUGAUGAAGCUUAAGGAAAGAGUAGCAGCAGAAGGCUCUAAAGCUGUAUUCUCUCCCUUAAUUGAAAAGUAUAUUCUGAAAAACCCUCACCGUGUAACAGUUGAAAUGCAGCCUGAUCCAGAGAAGGCUGCUCAUGAUGAGGCUGUUGAACAAGAAUCUUUGGAGAAGCUCAAGGCAAGUAUGACAGAGGAAGAUCUAGCAGAAUUGGUUCGUGCUACUCAAGAGUUGCGCUUAAAGCAGGAAACUCCAGAUCCACCUGAAGCUUUGCGGAGUGUUCCAUGUCUAUCUUUGCAUGACAUCCCGAAAAAACCCAUUCAUAUCCCCACUGAGAUUGGGAAUAUCAAUGGUGUGACGGUUCUGCAGCAUGACUUAUUCACAAACGAUGUCAUUUACAGUGAAGUUGUAUUUGAUAUGAGUACCCUGAAACAUGAGCUUCUCCAAUAUAUACCUUUAUUUUGUCAAUCGUUGUUGGAGAUGGGUACCAAAGACAUGGAUUUUGUGCAACUUAAUCAGUUAAUUGGAAGGAGAACUGGAGGAAUAUCUGUUUACCCUUUUUCAUCAUCUGUAAGGGAUAGUAAGGACCCAUGUGCUAAGCUGAUUGUCAGAGGGAAAGCAAUGGCUGAACGCGCUGAAGACCUUUUUAAUCUGAUGAAUCUUGUCCUUCAGGAGGUUCAGUUCAAUGAUCAACAGCGCUUCAAGCAAUUUGUUUCUCAGAGUAAAGCAAGAAUGGAGAAUCGACUGAGUGGCAGUGGUCAUGGGAUCGCAGCUGCAAGGAUAGAUGCAAAGUUGAAUGCCGCUGGUUGGAUUUCUGAGCAAAUGGGUGGUGUCAGUUACCUUGAGUUCCUGAGAGGCCUGGAAGAGAAAGUUAAUAAGGAUUGGGAAGGAAUUUCUCUCUCUCUGGAAGAGAUUCGCAAAACUUUACUUACAAAGAAGCAUUGCUUGGUCAAUUUGACUGCUGAUGGGAAAAAUAUUACAAACUCAGAAAAGUAUAUUGGCAAAUUUCUCGACUCACUUCCAGACUUCUCCUGUGAACCAAAUAAGUGGAAUACUCAACUCUCUUCUCAUAAUGAAGCCAUUGUGAUACCCACUCAAGUCAAUUAUGUUGGAAAAGCUGCGAAUGUAUAUGGAGAUGGUUAUAAGCUCAAUGGAAGUGCCUAUGUCAUUUCGAAAUAUAUCAGUAAUACAUGGCUGUGGGACCGUGUACGAGUGAGUGGCGGUGCUUAUGGAGGCUUUUGUGACUUUGAUACUCAUUCAGGGGUUUUCACAUAUUUGUCCUAUCGAGAUCCAAAUUUGUUAAAAACACUUGAAGUUUAUGAUGGAACGGGUGAUUUCCUCCGUGGGUUGGAAUUAGAUAAUGAAGCUCUCGCCAAGGCAAUUAUUGGGACCAUUGGUGAUGUUGACUCAUAUCAACUACCUGAUGCCAAAGGUUAUAGCAGUAUGUUACGGCACUUGUUGGGAGUCACAGAAGAAGAACGAGAAAAAAGACGUGAGGAGAUACUUUCAACGAGUGUAAAGGACUUCAAGGAAUUUGCAGAUGCAGUUGAUGUAGUCAAAGAUAAAGGAGUUGUGGUUGCAGUGGCAUCUCCGGAAGAUGUUGAAGCUGCAAAGAAGCUAAAGCCUGACUUCUUACAAGUGAAGAAAGUGCUUUAAGGUAUUGCUGGUGUUCAUGGAGUUCAAAAUAGACUGGAAGCAGUUGACAAGAUCGCAACUAGUUCUUAUGCCUUGAUUUUUCGUUUGGGAUUAAAUUAUUUUUAUAGCUACAAAGUACAAAUCCCAUGAUAGUUGAUCAUAGAAUAGCAAUUUUCUUGAUUAGUCUAUAUGAACACAGUGUUUAGAGUAUUCCAGAUGUUGAUGUGAGUCUCAAUUAUUGUACAGCUACACAGUUCACCUCGCUUCGUUGUUACACGUGCAGAGGGAAAAACUAUUAAUAAAGAACAUUUUUGUCAUGAAA